AAGAAGGAGGAGUAAGAGAGGGGGAAAGAAAGAGGAAAAGAGUGCGAGGGAGUGAGGGAGGGAGGAAAAUAAACAACAAAAAAUGUCCUCUUCCUCCCCCACCGGGCAGAUCGCAAGUGCGGCGGACAUCAAGCAGGAGAAUGGGAUGGAAAGCGCCUCGGAAGGGCAGGAGGCGCCUCGAGAAGUGGCGGGGGGCGCGGCGGCUGGGCUGAGCCCCCCGGCUCCAGUCCCUUUUACCCUGGAGCCGGGGGACGCGGCCGCCAGGGUGAGCGGAGAGGAAGGGGCAGUGGCGGCAGCGGCGGCGGCUGGAGCGGCAGCGGAUCAGGUACAACUCCACUCGGAACUUCUGGGCAGGCACCACCACGCCGCGGCCGCCGCCGCCGCGCAGACCACACUGGCCUUCUCGCCCGACCAUGUCGCCUGCGUGUGCGAGGCGCUGCAGCAGGGGGGCAACCUGGACCGCCUGGCCCGGUUCCUGUGGUCCCUGCCCCAGAGCGACCUGCUACGUGGCAACGAGAGCUUGCUGAAGGCGCGGGCGCUGGUGGCCUUCCACCAGGGCAUCUACCCCGAGCUCUACAGCAUCCUCGAGAGCCACAGCUUCGAGUCGGCCAACCACCCGCUGCUGCAGCAGCUCUGGUAUAAGGCGCGCUACACCGAGGCCGAACGAGCCCGCGGCCGGCCGCUGGGCGCCGUGGACAAGUACCGGCUCCGCAGGAAAUUCCCCCUGCCCCGCACCAUCUGGGACGGCGAGGAGACGGUGUAUUGUUUCAAGGAGAAGUCGCGCAACGCGCUUAAGGAGCUCUACAAGCAGAAUCGCUACCCUUCGCCUGCCGAGAAGCGGCACCUGGCAAAGAUCACCGGCCUCUCCCUCACCCAGGUCAGCAACUGGUUCAAGAACCGGAGGCAGCGCGAUCGGAACCCCUCCGAGACCCAGUCCAAAAGUGAGUCAGAUGGUAAUCCAAGCACUGAAGAUGAAUCCAGCAAGGGUCAUGAGGAUUUGUCUCCUCAUCCACUCUCCGGUUCAUCUGAAGGUGUCACCAACCUCAGCCUUUCCAGUCAUAUGGAGCCAGUAUAUAUGCAACAAAUUGGAAAUGCUAAAAUACUAAGCUCUUCUGGAGUUUUGUUGAAUGGAAGCUUGGUACCUGCAAGUACUUCACCUGUCUUCCUUAAUGGUAAUUCUUUCAUUCAGGGACCCAAUGGAGUUAUCCUUAAUGGAUUAAAUGUGGGAAAUACACAGACAGUGUCAUUGAACCCACCCAAAAUGGCAUCAAACAUUGUGAGCAAUGGUAUAUCCAUGACUGACAUUCUGGGUUCCACCUCCCAGGAUGUGAAGGAAUUCAAAGUUCUCCAGAGUUCUUCAGCUAACUCAGCAGUCACCACCUCCUACAGCCCCAGUGCCCCUGUGUCUUUUCCCGGACUGAUCCCCAGCACUGAGGUGAAAAGAGAAGGCAUUCAAACAGUGGCUUCCCAGGAUGGAGGCUCUGUCGUGACUUUUACUACACCAGUGCAAAUUAAUCAGUAUGGCAUUGUCCAGAUCCCCAAUUCCGGAGCAAACAGCCAGUUUCUUAAUGGGAGCAUUGGAUUCUCUCCAUUGCAGCUGCCUCCUGUUUCAGUGGCAGCUUCACAAGGUAAUAUUUCCGUAAAUUCAAGCACUUCAGAUGGGAGCACAUUUACAAGUGAGUCUACCACAGUCCAGCAAGGAAAGGUUUUCUUGAGCUCUCUUGCUCCCAGUGCAGUGGUAUACACUGUUCCUAAUUCAGGCCAGACUAUAGGAUCUGUUAAACAGGAGGGCUUGGAGAGGAGCCUAGUAUUUUCUCAGUUGAUGCCUGUCAAUCAGAAUGCACAAGUAAAUGCAAACCUGUCUUCUGAAAAUAUCUCCGGGAGUGGCCUUCAUCCACUAACCUCCUCAUUAGUUAAUGUAUCUCCAACUCACAGUUUUCCCCUGAAUCCCCCUACCCUACUACAUCCCACUGAACUAAACCCCGACAUUGCUGAUAGCCAGCCAAUGUCUGCACCUGUGGCAAGCAAAUCUACUGUGACAUCUGUCAGCAACACUAACUAUGCAACUCUUCAGAACUGCUCCCUUAUUACUGGUCAAGAUCUAUUGUCCGUCCCAAUGACCCAGGCUGCCCUUGGGGAAAUAGUUCCUGCAACUGAAGACCAGGUAGGUCACCCCUCCCCAGCAGUACCCCAGGAUUUUGUCAGAGAACAUCGGUUGGUUCUACAAUCAGUAGCCAACAUAAAAGAGAAUUUCUUAACAAAUUCAGAGAGCAAAGCUACAAGCAACUUAAUGAUGCUGGACUCCAAAUCCAAGUAUGUCCUAGAAGGCAUGGUUGAGACAGUCUGUGAAGACCUGGAAACAGACAAGAAAGAGCUUGCCAAGCUCCAAACUGUCCAGUUGGAUGAAGAUAUGCAAGACUUAUAAACUUCCCCCCCACCCUGCCUUUUUAUUCCUGACAUCAGUGAGCAAAUCUUUUCACAAAGCCCUGAGGACAUAAAGCAUUUUCCCAUUUAAAGGGAAACACUAGUUUUGCAAAUAAAUGCAUUCAAGAGACUUUGCAUUGAUCUGCAUGAAGAUCACAGUUAAAUAUACAGGAGUAGAACUGCGUUACUGCAGCCUUUUUCUUCACAUAUGUUCUCUUUUAAACAGAUGGAGACAAAGGAACAAGAUGGAAUAUAUCAAGUCAAAGUGUAUCAUUUGGUUGACUUAAUAUAAUUCUGAGGUCAAAUGGAACUUGAUAGUUUUUUAAAUUAAAAAUGUAUGCACCUAACAAAAUUAAAUAUCACUACAGAGCAUUAGAAACAAUACAAUUCUUUUUGUUUACUUUUACUCCAUGGGCAUUGAUAAGGUUAAGUAGCAUAAAUGGUACUCGACACUACUCUAAGGCUAUAUU